UAAUUGAGAGGUGUUUGGAGGAAGCGGCCAUUGAAGCGCCACGAAGUCUUCUUCUUCUUCCUCCAAUAACAGAGAGCGAUUCUCUACUAUUCCAAUUUCAUUUUCGAUGUUACCCACACGAGUACAGAUUCACGUACACAAAUCUUUCUAUAUGCAUAGUUAUACACAGGAGCAAUCGCGGAUCUCAAUUUCAGGUGUUUGCGAUUCCGAUUUGAUCGGUUGAAAAUUUUCCGAUGGUGGAUCAUUACCAAGUUCUAGGUGUUACGAAGAACGCGACGAAGAAGGAGGUUAAAGAUGCGUUUCGAAGAUUGGCGAUUAAGUAUCAUCCGGAUAAGCACGCACAAUCUCCGGACCAUGUUCGUCGAAACGCCACCGUGCGGUUUAAGCUUGUAUCGGAGGCGUACGAAGUUUUGAACGACGAUCUGAAACGCGCGUCUUAUAACGCUGGUAGCGAUUCAGAUUGCUUUCGUCGUACGAGCGGUUCGUAUAGUAAUCCGUAUGGAAAUCGUGGUGGCAGAGCGUAUGGUUACGGUUAUGGUUACUCUACGAGGAAUCGUCAGGCCUCUAGCUUCAGCAGCGGAUUUGAUUCGACGUUUCGUUAUUUGACUACGCGAGCGUUUCUACUGAAUCUCGCAUUAGCUGGUGGUUUGUACCUUGCAUUUUCUGCGAUUGAUACAAGCGGAGAAACACUGUGGAAAAUGCGUAACUCAGGGCUAAUAACUUUGAGUAUAUAUUUUCAGAAAUCAUUCGAAGAAGCAAUGGAAUCAAUCGAGAAAUCAAAGUCACAUAAGGAUGAAGGGUGAAAGAGAGGAAGCGAAGGUACUUCUAAAGACUUUGACUUUGACUUUUAAGCUUCUUCUGUGAGUCUGGUGGGUUUGUGUAGGUCAUUGCUAGGAACUUUUCUAGAUUUCAUUCUAGUUUUUAUAAAUGAACCUUGAGAAGUUGAAAAAACCCUAAUUAUAUUACUUUGACAUGUUCUCUUGUGUUAGCCGCUGGACUGAACAUAUGUCAUGAAGUGUAUUUAGAUAGGUUUUCAUUUUCUUGUAACGAAUAUUCAUCUCUCCAGAUAAAUAAUCGAUUAUGAGAGAAGUCCUAGUACACGCAAUUGUAUCUGAGUGCAUAAUGGCAAGCAAAGAUGGGAUGUUCUAAUAAAACAAAUACUGUGUUUUGGCAUUGUAUCAGUAAUGGAGACAUUGUUGUAUUAGUGGUCGUAACGCAUUUGAUUGUCUUAUUUAAAAGAUGCUGACAAGAUAUUUACCCUCCUCCGUUGAAAAAUAUCUUAUGAUUAAUUUAUAGUUUUCGCUA